AUGGCCACCCCUUCCACCUCCGCCUCCACGGCCGCCUCCUCGGCAUUCCCCCUCACUACUGCUGCCCGCUUCCCUCGCGCCUCCACCUCCGGCACGCGCAUCCCCGCCCUCGCUGAGCGGCGCCGUACGCGGCGGCGGCGACUACCCGAAGGGAGCGGCGGCGACCGCUCGGCGGCCGCGGGGGCAGUGGAGAAGGGCCUGCGCCUGGCCUUCUUGGAGCAGCUCGCAGAGCGCGCCCGCGCUGCCGACGCCCUCGGAGUCGCGGACACCAUCUACGACAUGGUCGCCGCAGGCCUCUCGCCCGGGCCCCGUUCCUUUCACGGGCUCGUCGCCGCACACGCCCUCGCUGGCGACGCCGAAGGCGCUAUGCAAGCUCUUAGGAGGGAGCUAAGUUCCGGCGUGCGUCCUUUACAUGAAACUUUUGUGGCUCUAGUCCGUGUCUUUGCCAAGAAGGGUCUUUCUACCAGGGCAAUGGAGAUUCUUGCUGCUAUGGAGAGAUAUAAGAACCAUUAUCUGGAGGACGCCAAUACAGUAUUUCUGAAAGGAGCAAAAGGUGGUUUACAAGGAACUGAUGAACUUUACGAUCUUUUGAUUGAAGAAGAUUGUAAAGCUGGAGACCACUCCAAUGCUCUAACAGUUGCAUACCAAAUGGAGGCUGCUGGAAGAAUGGCAACCACAUUCCAUUUUAAUUGCCUUCUCAGUGUGCAGGCUACGUGUGGAAUUCCUGAAAUUGCAUUUUCAACUUAUGAGAACAUGGAAUAUGGAGGUGAAGAUUACAUGAAACCUGAUACCGAGUCUUAUAAUUGGGUUAUACAGGCAUUUACUAGAGCUACUUCCCAUGAUAGGGCACCGGAUGUGGCAGAACUACUCGGGAUGAUGGUGGAAGACUACAAACGUGUUCAGCCUAAUGCAAGAACUUAUGCGUUGUUAGUGGAAUGCUUUACAAAGUACUGUAUGGUCAAUGAAGCGAUCAGGCAUUUUCGCGCUUUACGGAGAAUUCCUGGAGGAACAAAAGUUCUGUACAAUGCAGGGAAUUGCGGCGAUCCACUUUCUCUCUAUCUACGUUCACUGUGCCUUGAUGGAAGAGCUGAUGAGUUGCUUGAGGCCUUAGAAGCAAUGGCUGACGAUAACCAGACUAUUGCACCUCGAGCAAUGAUUUUAAACCGAAAAUACCGCACAUUGGUGAGCUCCUGGAUAGAACCAUUACAAGAAGAAGCUGAUGUUGGCUUCGACAUUGAUUAUGUAGCCAGGUAUAUUGAAGAAGGAGGUCUUACAGGUGAGCGCAAACGUUGGGUGCCUCGUAGAGGGAAAACUCCUCUAGAUCCAGAUGAAUUUGGUUUUGCCUAUUCAAAUCCAAUAGAGACAUCUUUUAAACUGCGGUGUUUUGAGGAAUUGAAGUUAUAUCACCGAAGACUCUUAAUUACACUGCGGAAUGAAGGCCCUGGUAUUUUAGGUGAUGUAUCUGAAGAUGAUGUACGAAGAGUAGUCGAAAGAUUAAAGAAAUUAGUUGUAGGGCCAAAGAAGAAUGUUGUUAAGCCCAAGGCAGCGAGCAAAAUGGUAGUAGCUGAAUUGAAAAUCGAGCUGGAGGCGCAAGGGUUACCUACAGAUGGAACUAGACAAGUACUUUACCAGCGAGUUCAAAAGGCCAGGCGAAUUAAUCGCUCACGUGGUAUACCUCUUUGGGUUCCUCCUGUAGAAGAUGAUGAAGUGGUCGACGAAGAGUUAGAUGAAAUGAUCUCACGAAUCAAGCUAGAAGAUGGAAACACAGAGUUCUGGAAACGGCGUUUUCUGGGAGAAACUCGAAACCAUCUUUGUGAAGAAGAUAGCAAAGAAGAUCCAGAUUUUGAUGACGAGUUAGAUGAGGACGACGACGAUGAUGAUGACGAUGAUUCCGCCAAAGAAGCAGAUGAAGAUGAGAUAGAUGAUGAGGUCAUUGACCGAACGGAAAAUCAAGCUGGUGAUGACGAGACUAAGGACAAACCAGCGAAAGGACCCAAUCAGCAUCUUCAAAUGAUAGGAGUCCAGUUAUUGAAGGAUCUAGAGAAGGCAUCUGGUUCAACAAAGAAAUUAAAAAAAAUACCUGAGAUUGAUGAUGACGAAGAUUGGUUUCCUGAAGAUCCAAUUGAAGCUUUCAAGGUUAUGCGCGAGACAAGAAUGUUUGACUUGGCAGAUAUGUAUACUACCGUGGAUGCCUGGGGAUGGACAUGGGAGAGAGAGCUAAAGAAAAAGAUGCCACGCAGAUGGUCACAGGAAUGGGAGGUUGAGUUAGCUAUCAAGAUAAUGAAUAAGGUAAUAGAGCUGGGUGGUAGUCCGACUAUUGGAGAUUGUGCCAUUAUACUGCGCGCAGCAAUGAGAGCUCCAGUCCCCUCUGCUUUUAUUACAAUAUUGCAAACAACACAUAGCCUGGGCCAUAAAUUUGGAAGCCCGCUGUACGACGAGGUAAUCUUGCUGUGCCUUGAUCUGGAGGAGAUGGAUGCGGCCAUCGCCGUGGUCGCAGAAAUGGAGACAAAUGGAAUUAAGGUCCUGGAUGAGACCUUGGACAGGGUUCUUGCAGCCAAACAAAUCGGGAACGGGAACUCUGCACUCCAACCACCAGCCGAGUAG